GUCAUCCACCCGCACACCAGUCUCCCCUGGCUGCUGAGACAGCCACCCAGCGUGCUGAGCCAGCGCGAGAGCAACAACGAGUUCCUAGCCGCUAAGCAUACCUUUCUCAACUGUUUCGCCGCUGAAGACAGCGAGUGGAUCCAUGUCGCCAUCAGGGAUAUCACCAGAGUGCUCAAAAAAAAGUCCAACGGCGUGGUCGACGAGAUCCAGGCAACCCUAGGCGACCUCUUUAGGAAGGACACGCGGAACUGGAAGGAGGUCGAGCUGCUCGACGUGUGCCUGGCGCUGAUAAGCCGCGUCGUCAGCCGCGUCUACGUCGGGCUGCCGCUGUGCCGCUGCCCCGCCUACCUCGGCAGCUUGGCGCGCUUCGCCAAGAUCAUCCUGGUCGAAGCGCUGCUGGCCCAGCUCACGCCCAAGCCGCUGCGCCGCCUCCUCGCGCCGCUGCUGGCCCGCUACGACUGGAAGCAGUUCAGCAAGAUGGACCGCUGCGUCAGCCCC